CCAAGGGUACAACGACACAACGGGUAAAGCUCUCUCUUCUCCUCGAGUCAGCCCAUCUCUUCGCUCGCACAUUAACAAACAGUCACACACCUUGGGGUGUCCUCCACCUCUAACCCAGCUCUCCUCCAUUUCUCAUCGUCACCAAUCCACGGGUCAUAUCUUUGGCUAACCAUUGAACUCCAAUUGCUCCAACACACAGCAGUCUGUCCGCUUCCUCGCCUCCGACCUUCGUUCUCGGUCUCGCUCCCCACCACCGCCACCAUGCUUCGCACACGGCAGGCCAACAAGGCCGCCAAGGCCCUCGCUCAGGCCUCAAGACAGCAGAGACGGACCUUGACUACCCCCAGACGGCUUCUGCCAUCGCCGUCGAGGGCUGCUCCCGCGCCACAUUUCAACGUCGCCGCCAACAAGGACAAGAGCCAUGUUGAGCCUCUGCAGCCCCGCCGUACACCGGAGAUGGACGAAUCGUUCAUCGGCAAGACCGGUGGUGAGAUUUUCCACGAGAUGAUGCUCCGGAGAGGUGUCAAGCACAUCUUCGGCUAUCCUGGCGGUGCCAUUCUUCCCGUGUUCGAUGCCAUCUACAACUCAAAACACUUCGAUUUCAUCCUGCCCAAGCACGAGCAGGGCGCCGGCCACAUGGCCGAGGGUUACGCUCGCGCCUCCGGCAAGCCUGGUGUCGUUCUUGUCACAUCGGGUCCCGGCGCGACAAACGUCAUCACUCCGAUGCAGGAUGCUAUGUCUGACGGUACUCCCAUGGUUGUCUUCACUGGUCAGGUCGUCACCGGCGCCAUCGGCAGCGAUGCCUUCCAGGAGGCCGAUGUUGUUGGCAUCUCCAGAGCAUGCACAAAGUGGAACGUCAUGGUUAGGAACGUCGAGGAGCUGCCCCGGAGAAUCAACGAAGCCUUCGACAUCGCCACCAGCGGCCGCCCUGGCCCCGUCCUCGUCGAUCUGCCCAAGGAUGUGACCGCCAGCAUCCUCCGCAAGGCCAUCCCCACCGAGUCUGCCCUCCCCACAUCGCCCAGCGCAGCCUCCCAGGUUGCCAUCGAGGCCACGAGGAGACAGCUCCAGCAGUCGAUCAAGCGUGUUGGUGAUCUCAUCAACAUCGCCAAGAAGCCCGUUAUAUACGCUGGUCAGGGUGUCGUCCUGUCUGAGGGCGGUGUAGAGCUGUUGAGAGAACUCUCGGAGAAGGCGUCGAUCCCUGUCACCACCACCCUUCUGGGUCUUGGUGCCUUUGACGAGCUUGACGAGAAGUCUCUCUACAUGUUGGGCAUGCAUGGCUCUGCCUUUGCCAACAUGGCGAUGCAGGAGGCUGACCUCAUCAUUGCCAUUGGCGCCCGCUUCGAUGACCGCGUGACCCUUGCCAUUUCCAAGUUUGCGCCUGCUGCCAAGGCUGCCGCGCUCGAGGGCCGUGGUGGUAUCGUGCACUUCGAAAUUAUGCCCAAGAACAUCAACAAGGUUGUCCAGGCUACCGAGGCAGUCGAGGGUGACGUUGCGCAGAGCUUGUCGCAGCUCAUGCCGUACGUCAACAAGACCAGCAUGUCUGACCGGAGCGAGUGGUUCGAUGCCAUCAAUGGCUGGAAGAAGAAGUGGCCCAUGGACCACUACGAGCGCGCCGAGCGCACCGGCCUCAUCAAGCCCCAGACUCUGAUUGAGGAGCUCAGCAAGCUCACUGCGGAUCGCAAGGAGGACACCAUCAUUGCCACCGGUGUCGGCCAGCACCAGAUGUGGACUGCCCAGCAUUUCAGGUGGAGACACCCGCGGACAAUGGUCACCUCUGGCGGGCUCGGCACGAUGGGCUUUGGCCUUCCCGCCGCCAUUGGCGCCAAGGUUGCCCGGCCCGAGGCCCUCGUCGUCGACAUUGACGGCGACGCGUCUUUCAACAUGACCCUGACUGAGCUGUCCACUGCUGCCCAGUUCAACAUCGGCGUCAAGGUCAUUGUCCUGAAUAACGAGGAGCAGGGUAUGGUCACACAAUGGCAAAACCUGUUUUACGAGGACCGCUACGCGCACACUCACCAAAAGAACCCCGAUUUCAUGAAGCUUGCCGACGCCAUGGGUGUUCAGCACCGGAGACUCAUCAAGCCCGAGGAGACCGUCGAGGCCCUCAAGUGGCUCAUUGAGACAGACGGCCCGGCCUUGCUCGAGGUCAUGACCGAUAAGAAGGUGCCCGUUCUGCCCAUGGUGCCUGCUGGCUCGGGUCUGCACGAGUUCCUUGUGUUCGACGGUGAGAAGGACAAGAAGCGGAGAGAGUUGAUGCGCACGAGGACCGGCGGCCUCCACAGCUAGCUUGGACGUUCCGACUGACGCAUUGCAUUUCUGACGAUUUAAUUUUCGACCAUAUUCCCUUAGGAGCACUUGCCGUAGCGUGGAGGACGGCGGAGGACGAUGUCACGACGGUAUGGCAGCAGCAAAAGCCCAAAUGGGGCGAUAGUUGUCGAGGCGCGGAUCGAGGCUCUAUUGGAGUGCUCGUGUCUCUGGUGGUUUCUGCUUUUUCAACAUACGGAUCAACCAAAAGCAAGUGGGAUAUUCUGUACAUAAAGCCAAGUGUAUACAAAACAAGCGCUUUCAUCAUUAUUAAA